CGAAGAAGAGCUAGGCAGCAAAAGCAAUAACAAACACACCUAACCCCUAGUUUAACGCAAUUUAGGGAAACCGAGCACACAGGAAAAGCAUCUCCUUCCAGGAUUGACGAGAAAGGAGAUAAUUUAUAUGAAAACUUUUUUUUUUACACGGUGACAAACCCAAGUGAGACGACGGGGAUUACAUCACAACGUUUACGGUGGCGAUAUUAGCAGGAUACUAAGUUCAGCUGUGGGGGAGCAGCGAUGGCUCGCCUCGGUGUGUCAGCGGGCGCUCCUCUGAGUGUCCUUGUGUUGUUCUUUGGCUGCGUAAUGGUACCCUUACCCACACAUGCCUAUAUCUAUGCUCAUUAUAACAACAGUACCUCCAUGUUGUUCGAGGACCUCCCGGCCUUGUUUGGCUCCCCACUUCCUAAGGAUGGAAUAAUGGGAGUUCUGACUGUGACCCGUCCUCUAAAUGGCUGUACAAUAAUAGACCCUCCGCCUGCAUUGCCACCAAUGUAUGAUGCCAACACUACCAAAUUCAUCGCACUUAUCCGGCGCUAUGACUGCACUUUUGACACUAAGGUCUUGAACGCACAGCUGGCUGGAUACAGUGCAGUGAUCGUCCACAACCUGUACUCUGACACUCUGCUCAACAUGAACUACAGCAAUGAGACUAUGGCCGAAGCUAUUGACAUCCCCUCUGUGUUCACCAGCUACUAUGCCUCCCAAAUUCUCAGGAAUUUCAUAAUUCCAGAACAAGGGGCCUAUGUGAUCCUCAAGCCAGAGUUUGCGUUCCCGCUCUCGUACUACCUUAUCCCCUUCACUGGAGUCGUUGGCAUGAUUAUUCUUGUGAUGUGUGUCGUCUUGAUUAUACGAUGUGUACAGUACCGAAAAAGGAUGAGGAAAAAUCGUUUGUCCAAGGAACAACUGAAGAAGAUUCCAAUCCACAAGUUCACUAAAGGGGACGACUACGAUCUGUGUGCGAUCUGCCUGGACGACUAUGAAGAAGGAGACAAACUGCGAGUUCUACCCUGUUCACACGCCUAUCACUGUAAGUGUGUGGACCCGUGGCUCACACAGACCAAGAAGACCUGUCCCGUGUGCAAACAGCGCGUCACUCACAGCCCCACGGAGCACUCCGAGUCCGAGUCUGAGGAGGAGACAGGAGGUCGGGGGGAGGAGGAAGGGGGCGAGGGAGACUCUGAGCGCACUCCUCUGCUGCGACCCUCCAACCCGGGGUCCCCCUCAGGGAGUCCAGGGGUCUACUCAGCCACCACCACCACCACCACCACCACCGCCCAGUGCCUCGUCUCCCCUGCCCACUGCGACUCCCCCAUCCUGGUGUACGAGGGCUACCACUCCACCCUGGAGGACUCGGAUUCAGAGAGUGAGGACGCAGCGGAGGACCUCCACCACUCUGAGGACGACACCACCCGGCUCAUCGACAGGGACACAGUGGAGGUCUGAGGGGUCUGUGUGCUCUCACAUCGUACUUUAAAGAUAGUUUGUGGUCAGCUAGAUAUUUAGCUUAACAUAAUGUCUUACCCACGGGAGGUCUACGUGUUAGUGUCAAAGCACAGGAAGCACUUGAUGAGUUUUACCCACAUCCGCCAGUGAGCAUCAACCCAGUUUUUCACACACUCCAGGACUCCUAUAUUUGUCUGUGGAGCUCCUUUUUAAAUGCAUGUUUUAAUCAUAACUUGCGUGACCUAACCACUAGUGCUGCACAUAAAUACUGGGCCACUUAAAUCAACUGUGCUGUCAAAAUAAGAGCGUGACUCAAAUAGGUAAAGCCUCAGUUGAUAAACAGAAAAAAUGGUGGUUUCUUCGAGUAAGUUAGUGAAGUUUGACACACUCAAUAUUAACCCUAAUUGCUUUAUAUCUGCAGCCCUUUUUUACCAGCUUUUUGUUUUCGUCCUAACAUGAAUGUGCAUGUGAAGGGAAAAUGUUUGUCUCCAUUUUAUCUCUUACUACGCUCAACCUCUCUUUUCACAUUGUUAAAGCUAUAUUUCAGUUCUUUGAAAUGUCCGUUUUUUUUUCGUGCUAAAUUUCCACAGUAAGUCACGCUUUAAUAGAAUAUUGCAAAAAUGUUAUACAUUUCUGCUGCUUUUACAUUUUUAUUCUAAAUUACUCUGUGGUCAGUUUAAGGAACAUAUUUGUAGCUGUAUGUAGUUUGUCACGUUGAACAAACUCAGGUUUUAGCAACAGAUAAGAGGUCAGUCACUAAAGGAAUAACAGUGAGAUUCAACAACAGUAGGUCUUAUAAUGUGUACCUUUUAGCUUUUAACGAAAUAUAGGUUUCAAUGGAUGUUUUUUCCAUUUUUAUAUACGAAAAAAUGAUAAUUUGUUUGACUGUGGGACCCUGGAGGUGUUUUUAGGAAUAAGAGCAUUGCCUCUAUGUUCAUGUGUCCGCUAAAUAUUUGGGAAAUGAAGGAACUGGAUUAACACCCCCCCCCCCUUGACUCAAAGCGGCAAUACUUAUGUAAUACUGCUGGUAAGAAAACGAUGAUUUAACCCCCCUUGAUACCGAUGUAUAUCAAAGGUUUUUAUAGUGAAAAAUACGAAAGAGACAGCCAUGCUUUGUGCUAGCAAAACCCAAACUGCUUGAUUUGCACCCGAACAUUUGGACAAUCUCAGAGACUGUCAAACAACGAAUGGCUUAUUUCUCUGUUUUAUAAAAGGACCAGGAUUAGUUGUGUACUGCCAAAUGAUAUACAGAACAGUAGAAACGUAAAAGAUGAUGUGGUGUUACUGCAUUUAUAACUGGAAUUUUUGUUUUUAAUGUAUGGGUGUGGACAUUUUUGACUGAAAACUGAAAUGUAAUUUAAGGUGACUGUCAUCUUUGGUAUAAAUGUUCUCUUCCACCUUAAUCCUAAUCCAAAUAAAUCCUGCUAUGUAAUCUCAACUACCACGUCAGACGGGGGGCAGAACAAAACCCCCUAAAACACCACAACAACUUUAUAACACACUGUUAAUGAUUCGGAAGCGCUCUGUCAAAGGAUGUGUUUUGUUUAUUAAACGGGAAUCAGAAAUUAUAACAUUCCUCCUUUAUAUUCUACUGAUGAUUAAAAGACACUUUGAUUGGGACUUUUUGGCAAUAGUCUGUAUUGUAAAAUGGAACCGUUUUUCUCCUAUUUCCAGUAUCAAAUGAAUCUGUACUGUGUUUAGUUUUUUUGUGUUGCUUUUAAUGUCUUGAUAUAAGAGACUGUUAACUGAAACGUCUGUGUUCCUAGUUUAUCACACACAAACAAAAAUAGAUGUACAGUGUCAAUUAUAAUUUUCAUGUAUAAAGCUGCCAGGUUUGAAAAUAUGUAGGAUGUCUAAACACAGUCUGUGGAAAUCUGCAUUUAAUGUGUGGUUUGUGGAAGAUUAAAUGGUAUUGAAAUGGGA